CUGUGGUGGUGGUGGUGGCGGCGGCGGCAGCCUCAGCUCCUGCUCCCCGUGCCGCCGGCCCCAGCGCUGUCUCCAGGGCCCCCUAGGGCCCCCGGGCCCUCGAGCCCGGUGCGCGCCCUUGCGUCCCGCCGGCCCCCUCCCCCGGCUGGGCCCGGGGGAGGGUGGCGCCGUGAGAGAGCGGGGACCGGGCUCUCCUGCCCGUUCCCCUGCCCCUGGGCCGCCAGGAUGGAGGCGGGGUCGGGGCCCCCGGGCGGCCCGGGAUCGGAGAGCCCAAAUCGGGCCGUGGAGUACCUGCUGGAGCUGAACAAUAUCAUCGAGAGCCAGCAGCAGCUGCUGGAGACCCAGCGGCGGCGCAUCGAGGAGCUGGAGGGCCAGCUGGACCAGCUCACCCAGGAGAACCGCGACCUGCGAGAGGAGAGCCAGCUGCACCGCGGGGAGCUGCACCGGGACCCCCACGGCGCGCGGGAUAGCCCGGGCCGCGAGAGCCAGUACCAGAACCUGCGCGAGACCCAGUUCCACCACCGCGAGCUGCGGGAGAGCCAGUUCCACCAGGCGGCCCGGGACGUAGGCUACCCGAACCGGGAAGGUGCCUACCAGAAUCGGGAGGCUGUGUAUCGGGACAAGGAGCGGGACGCCUCCUACCCGCUCCAGGACACUGCCGGUUACACAGCCCGCGAGCGCGACGUGGCCCAGUGCCACCUGCACCACGAGAACCCAGCCCUGGGUCGCGAGCGUGGCGGGCGGGAGGCCGGGCCGGCGCACCCCGGCCGCGAGAAGGAAGCCGGCUAUUCGGCGGCGGUGGGCGUGGGGCCGCGGCCACCGCGGGAGCGGGGCCAGCUGAGCCGUGGCGCAUCCAGGAGCUCCAGUCCCGGCGCCGGCGGAGGCCACAGCACCAGUACCAGCACCAGCCCGGCCACGACCCUCCAGAGAAAAUCUGAUGGUGAGAAUUCCAGAACUGUCAGUGUGGAGGGUGAUGCCCACAGCUCUGGCCUUGGUCCUGACGUCGCAUCCUCUGGCCAAGAAUAG